GCUGCCGCAUAUUAUAUCGCGACCGUAGGUUUUAUCGGCGUCAGCCACAGGACGCGGUGUUCGGACGCGGCGUCAGACGCAACUUCCUGCGUCAACGAAACGAACAAGAAUUGACGCAGAAUGUUGACGCUGCCGCUGCCGUCGGUACCUACAGCAACCAAACGAACAGCCCUAUAGCAUCUCCAGUCGUCCGUGACACUUUUUUUUAAAGCAUCCGUGACACUUUCAUUCAUAUAUAUCUGAGUCGUCUUACUUUUGUCCUAUAUAGAAACACGAGAAAAGAUCGAUUUAUAAUGCAUCUUGGAAUAUGAUCAAACAUGACAAUCAUCAUAGACAAACUACAUGCACAUCCAACACUUCAGAAGAUUAUUAAUAUGUAAAUGUUUUUUUUCUUACUUAUGUUCUUCACGUAUAUUGUGUCAGUUAAAAACAAAAAAAAAAUGUACUAAAACAUAGUACUAUAGUGUUGUUAUCUUAAUUUAUUAAUGUAUUUAUUAUCGUUGGCAUUGUUCUCAACAUUACGAUUCCUGUCAGGUGUCAUCGUUGAUAAAAAAAAACAAAAAUAAAUACGUCCAGAUUUGACUUUGAGAAUAUCAAUACUUCAGCUCUACUACUUAAAUAACAUUUUCGUACAAAAAAGAACAUUAUCCUCUAGUUGUAUUUUGUAGAUCUCGAUUAUAUCAUUACACUUGUUGUCAUAUUGAAUACACACAGAGACGUGAAUACAAGUCAAAAGUGUCGAUGAGCCCUUCGGGAAAACAAAGGGUAUAUCUGGAAUGGGUACAUUUAGUAUGGAACCCGAGAAACUAGCACGUAUACGUAUUGCAGAAUAAAAUCAUGUUAUUACUAACUUUAUUACGGACACACACAUGUUGUAGACUUGUAGUGACAGUAUAUAAUUUGAUUAGAAAAACUAUUUCCCCCACAAAUUAUUACGGAAAAUGUUAAUAAAGUCAACGAAACUCGCUCACCACCUUCUCAUAGUUUAAAUAAGGAAAAAAACAAACGAUAAUAUAAAUGACAAGAGAGGUAAUCAAGCGUGACGGAGAGAAAAGAAGGAAACAAGUAUGUCCGCGACGACUUCAGAGGCGAGAUCGCCGUUACCUUUGCUGUUUAGAGGAGGAAGGUCUUCGACGGCGCCGUUAGGAACGACCGAAGAGAGAUCGCCGUUAUCGUUACUAUUCAGAAGAAGGUCGAGCAAAGAUGUGAAGAACAUAACGUCGGUUUCAAGCAGUCUCUUGCCUGCGUUUGGGACAGUCGUCGAGAACAAUCCUUCUUCCAAGCCUUUCAUCGUUCUUCCUUAUGAUCGUCGUUACAGGUUGUGGGAAUUGUUUUUGGUGAUCUUGGUGGGGUACUCGGCGUGGGCAUCUAUCUUUGAGUUGGCUUUCGAGAAAGCUGCUGAUGGAGCUUUUCUGACCAUUGAUCUCGUCGUUGACUUUUUCUUCGCCGUCGAUAUCGUCCUCACUUUUUUUGUUGCCUACUUGGAUACUUCUACUUACCUCAUAGUCGACGACUACAACCUCAUCGCCAGACGGUACUUGAAGAGCUUGGCUUUUGUGAUGGACGUAGUAUCAACGUUACCGAUUCAGUUCAUUUAUAAAACUGUCACCGGAAAUAGCGGACGAGGCCAAGCUUUUGGCUUCCUUAAUUUGCUCCGCCUCUGGCGUCUCCGUCGUGUUGCCGAACUCUUUAAAAGGCUAGAGAAAGACACACUUUUCAACUACUUCGUGAUCAGAGUCAUUAAGCUUCUUUGCGUAACGAUAUUUUGGGUACACAUUGGGGGUUGCAUUUUAUUCUGGAUAGCCUACCAUUAUCCAAGCCCUGUAGAUACAUGGAUAGGAUCUCAAGUUGAGGAUUUCAAGGACAGAAGCAUAUGGCUAGGGUACACUUACUCAAUGUACUGGUCCAUUGUCACACUCACCACCGUGGGUUAUGGCGAUUUGCAUGCGGUUAAUACACGUGAGAAGACGUUCAACAUGUUCUACAUGCUUUUCAACAUUGGUCUCACCGCUUAUAUCAUCGGUAACAUGACCAAUCUUGUUGUCCAUGGCGCUCUUCGUACAUUCACCAUGAGAAGUGCAUUCAAUCAUAUAUUGCGGUACACAAGCAAGAAUAAGUUACCGGAUAUGAUGAGGGAUCAGAUGCUUGCACAUAUGCAGCUCAAGUUCAAGACUGCUGAGUUAAAACAAGAAGAGGUUCUCCAAGACUUACCUAAGGCCAUAAGAUCAAGCAUUAACGAGCAUUUAUUCCGCUCGGUCAUAGAGAAUGCUUAUCUUUUUAAAGGAUUACCUGAUGGCCUCAUCGUUCAGAUGGUUUCUAACAUAAAAGCAGAGUAUUUCCCGCCUAAAAUGGAGAUGAUAUUACAAAAUGAGAUUCCAACGGAUUUCUACAUACUUGUGUCUGGAGGAGUGGAGAUAAUUAGAUCCAAGGGUGCAAGUGAACAGGUAUUGGCGAAGUUAGGUCCAGGGGAUAUGGCAGGAGAGAUUGGAGUUGUCUUCAACAUUCCUCAGCCUUUCACUGUGAGGACAAGGAGGCUUUCUCAGGUUAUUCGAAUCGGUCAUCAUAGGUUCAAAGAAAUGGUUCAAUCUGAUAUCGAAGACUCCAAAAUGAUCAUCACAAAUUUCAUGACCUAUCUCAAGGAUUUAAAUGAUGACUUGAAGAAAGAAAUCCCAUUUCUUAGAGAUUUAUUAGCUAAUGCAGAUACUCAGGAUACGGUUCAUACAGAGGAAGCACCACAAAGUAGCAAUGAGGAGAUAGUUAUGGUGUCAAGAGAUGAAAAUGAAAAGAAAGAAGAACAUAAAAGAGAAGGAGCUCCCAUAAGAGUGAUAAUCCAUGGACAUCCUCCUAAUCAAGAUAACAACAACAAUGGUAGACUUGUCAUGUUACCUGAUUCUAUCCAACUUCUCUUCGACUUAGCUGAGAAGAAGUUCGGGAGACGAGGAAGCACGAUUGUGAUGGCAGAUGGUGCACAUGUUGAACAGCUUGAUGCUCUCCGAGAAAACGAUAAUUUAUAUAUUUUCUAACUAAUAUAAAUAACAAAUAUAUUACAAUUCUCACUUCCCACAUACAUCUCGAAAGUUAAUAUAUUUGUCGUCUUUCAUUUAUAUAAAAAGUAGCAAAUUCU